AUGACGACCUUCGAGUCCCACGAUUUCACACUCUUUCCUCAAUCCAGAAAGAUGGCCGAAGCUAGGGUUAAACAAUCCUACUAUGACCCCAUGACCUUGGACCCGGGCAUGUUCUCUUUCCCCGUGGAUAAUCUAGCCCACUACGGACAAACCGAUCUGGCCCGUCUCCACCAUCCUUACUAUAAUACCCAGUCUCUAUUCGAGUCCGCACAGCUCCAAAAAGCCGCCCAUUUCUCUGGUUUACCCACCACACCUCCUUCAGUGUCCGCAUCCCAUUAUACUGAGCCUCAUAUUCCCACUGGAUCUGCCGCCUCGGGACCUUCCAUUGCCAGUGCAUCCUCCUCGGCAAUGGGAUCGCCGUACUCCGGCACUGCUCAGACUUUCCACGACAACUGGGUAAACACAAAUCACGGAUUGGGCCUGCCAGCUGCGGUUAUGAAUGACAUAUUCCCCAACGAGUACAUGGGCGGUGCGGUGGACAUGGAUUUACUCUACCAGGAGAAAUUCCCGGACACCUAUGUCGACCCUUCUUUGAUUCAGCCAGUGCAACCAAGCCAUGGCGUCCACCCUACUACCGCUUAUCCCGAACAACCUACCUCUUCCUACUCCCACGUGCCGCCAAUCUACCUCCCACAAUCUCCUGCCACUUCACCUGUUCCUUAUAAUGAUAUCCCAGAUCGCUCACCGCGCUCAUACCCCAUACAAAACCCCGGCCCAUCUCCCCUCAUGGUUCCACAACCCUCGAACUCUCGACCAGUCUCGGUAUAUGACCGACGGUCAUCAAUCUCCUCUGUCCAGUCCCGGCGUUCACAACCCAGUCCAGCACUGAGCAGCGUGGAAGCUGACGACGAUGUCAAAGAAAAAGGGCGAUGCCCACACCCUGAAUGUGGGCGAGUCUUCAAAGACUUAAAGGCUCACAUGUUGACCCAUAUGUCGGAACGUCCUGAAAAGUGUCCGAUUUUGACUUGCGAGUACCACACCAAGGGGUUUGCUCGUAAAUACGACAAGAAUCGUCACACCCUGACCCACUACAAGGGUACCAUGGUGUGUGGCUUCUGCCCAGGUUCCGGUUCACCAGCCGAGAAAAGCUUCAAUCGCGCCGACGUAUUCAAGCGCCACUUGACUUCCGUUCAUGGUGUCGAGCAAACACCACCAAACUGUCGUAAACGCAGCCCAGGUGCCGCCAAGAAGGGCACAAACUACAGCCCGGAUGCCACAGGAAAGUGCUCGACCUGCUCCGGAACUUUCAGCAACGCCCAGGACUUCUAUGAGCAUUUGGACGACUGUGUCCUCCGCGUGGUUCAGCAGGAAGAGCCAUCGGAGGCGAUUAACCAACAUCACCUGGCCGAAGUCGCUUCUGACGACGAAGUCAAGAAGACCAUGGAGAAACACCAGCUUUUCGACGCUCCUGUCGACUACGACGACUGUGAUGAUUUCGACGAAGACGAGCUCGACGCUUCGAGCUUGCGCGGCAUCAAGAAAUCCAAGAGUACCGUUCCCGCAUCCCGUCCAAUCAUAGGCUCUGGCAAUGCGAUCUCAAAGAACAAGACUCCUCGAACUGUUGCUACCCGCCGGCGCAACAACCGUGGCAACUACCCCAACUCCUGGGGCUGCCCAAGCAGCACCAUGAAAACCAAGAAGCGGGUUCUAUGUGUCUUUGACGGCCAGCGCCGGCUCUGGAAAGAUGAGAUGAUGCUGAACAAUGAGUUCGAAGUUCGUCUCCAGCUUCCCGCUGGCUCCGACAACACAAACCGCGAUGCCUACAUCACCGAUUUGGAUGUCGAAACCCUCAAACGCGCUGAAGGUGUGCUGAACGCGACCGAAGAAGAGCGCGGGCCUUGGCUGAAUGGCCCCAUGCCUCACAUCAUGGGUCAACCGGCAAUGUUACUGCCGGAGCUGGCCCAUCAUGAUGAUGAGCUUUCUAUCAAUGAAUUAAUGGCUUGA